AUGGUUGCGAUAAUGCAUUGGCUCGCUAGUAUCGCCGUGGCGGCCUCGGUGGCGUCAGCCCUGCCAAGCGCAGAAGACGAGGCACAAAGCCUCUGGUUCGGCGACGCACCGACUAUCAGCGUCGUCAGUCCCAACCUCACCACCAAGUGGUUCGACGGCAGCGACUACGUACAGGUCGUCGAGCUCUUUGUGCAAAACACAGACAAGUCCAAGUUCCUCACCAAGAGCCACAAUCUCAAAGUGACGAUUGACUCGCCGUCGCUGGACACGGUCAUCCCCGGCGCCGUCCACCGUCUGGCGCCCGGCCAGAGGGCGCUGGUCCAGGUCGGUGUCAAGAACAAGGCCGGCGUCCAGGCCGGCGCGCAGUGCAGCGGCAAGGCGACGGCCGCCGCGGGCCCGCACGGCAAGCAGACGACGGCCUCGGCGGCGCUUUCGGGAGCCUGCGGCAUCGCAGACUUUGACAACACGGCGGAGAGCCUGCUCACGCACCGCACGCCCGACUGGUUCGACAAGAUCAAGUACGGCAUCUUUAUCCACUGGGGCCUGUACUCUGUGCCGGCCUAUGGCAACACGGGCAAGAAUGAAAACUAUGCCGAGUGGUACUGGAAGUGGCAGCAUGACCCCAACGACAAGACGGCGACGUAUCAGUACCACUUGGAUACGUACGGCAAGAAUGUCAACUACGACGACUUUGCGGCCAAUUUCACCGGCAAGAACUUUGACCCCAAGGACUGGGUUGACCUCUUUGCCGACGCCGGCGCCCAAUACUUUGUUCCCACCACCAAGCACCACGACGGCUUCGCCCUCUUCAACUUUUCCUCCAGCAUCAGCCGCCGCUCCACCGUGCACUACGGCCCCAGGCGCGACUUCAUCGGGGAGCUCUUCGCCGCCGCCCGCCAGCACCAGCCGCACCUCCGCCGCGGCACCUACUUUAGCCUGCCCGAGUGGUACAACCCCAAGUACAAGCAGGGCGGGAGCUUCGCCGGGGGUCCUCCCACGAACCCGUACACGGGCGCGACGCUCGACUACACGGGCUACGUCGACGUCGACGACUUUGUCGCCGACAUCCAGGCGCCGCAGAUGGAGGCGCUCGCGUACGCCUACGACACGGAGAUUCUGUGGUGUGAUAUCGGCGGCCCGAACCAGUCGGCCGACGUCAUGUCCAAGUGGAUCAACUGGGCGCGGCAGCAGGGACGGCAGGUGUCGUACAACUCGCGCUGCGGCCUCAAGGGCGACUUUGACACGCCAGAAUACGAUCCCAAUCCUACGCAUCCUCUCGACAGAAAGUGGGAGUCGAGCCGCGGCAUGGAUCCGCACUCGUACGGCUACAACCACGUCAUCCCGGACUCGCAGUACAUGACGGGCGAGGAGAUUGUCAAGACGCUCGUCGACAUCGUCGCCAACAACGGCAACUUCCUCCUCGACAUUGGCCCGAAGGGCGACGGCGCCAUCCCGGCCGUCAUGCAGACCAACCUGCGCGACGCGGGCGCCUGGAUCCGCGCCCACGGCGAGGCCAUCUACGGCACCACCUACUGGUCCGUGACCGCCGGCGCCGACCCCUGGCGCUACACGGCGACGGCGGACGCCUUUUACAUGCACCACGUCGGCGAGCCGGCGGGCAAGGUGCUGACGGUUCCGGACCCGGUGCCGUUCUUGCCGGGGGACAGACUGACGGCCGUGGGCGGCGCGGCGCACGGGACAAAGAUAGGGUCGACGUGGAACGGGCCCGGGACGCUGAAGCUGGUGCUGCCGCAGAGCGUGCUGGAUGGGGACAAGUACAUCUGGACAUUCAAGAUUGAGUACGUGCGAUGA